UCUUUCUCUUUUUUAUUUGUUAAUGAAAAAAUAUCAUUAUAAGUAGCUCUUAUAUAUUACGCACAUCAUCACCAAAAAGGCAAAAACCAUCCAGCAAUAUUUCUUUGGUUUAAAACUUUUAAACUCAUUCCAAAGCCAUGAAGAAGAUCGAUUUAGGGAGCCAUAACGAGGCGGUUGAGCCGGACUGUAUUAAAGCUCUCAUUGUUGAAUUCAUCACCACCUUUCUCUUUGUCUUCGCCGGCGUCGGAUCCGCCAUGACCACCGACAGUUUAGUCGGAAACACAUUGGUGGGACUUUUCGCGGUUGCGGUGGCUCAUGCAUUGGUUGUAGGAGUAAUGAUAUCUGCGGGUCAUAUCUCCGGUGGCCACCUCAACCCUUCCGUUACCCUUGGCCUACUGUUGGGUGGCCAUAUCAGCGUCUUCCGUGCAUUCCUCUAUUGGAUUGAUCAGUUGUUGGCCUCCUCUGCAGCAUGUUUCCUCCUCAGUUACCUCACCGGAGGAAUGGCAACUCCGGUUCACACAUUAGCAAGUGGAGUUAGUUACACUCAAGGGAUCAUAUGGGAGAUCGUCUUAACAUUUUCACUUCUCUUCACUGUCUACGCAACUAUGGUGGAUCCCAAGAAGGGAUCUCUUGAUGGGUUGGGUCCACUUCUCACAGGCUUUGUCGUCGGAGCCAACAUCCUUGCGGGCGGCGCCUUUUCUGGCGCUUCCAUGAACCCCGCCCGGUCUUUUGGUCCCGCUUUGGUCUCUGGAAACUGGACUGACCAUUGGGUAUAUUGGGUUGGACCAUUGAUUGGUGGUGGACUCGCCGGUUUCAUCUACGAGAAUGUCCUCAUCGACCGUCCACAUGUCCCAGUUGCUGACGACGAGCAACCAUUGAUGAAUAAUUAAAAUGUGUUUGGAUCUGUGCUAUGCACGUCACAGACCUUAAGAUGUUUUAUUUGAUCUCGCAAAUCCUCUUCUUUUUGUCCUUUUAGACGUAUUUAUAUUAAGUUUUUAACCUUUAUAUAUCUAUUCAAAUAAUUGAGUAUUUCCGAUUAUAUAAAGAUAAGUAAGCAUAUAAAAUCAUUUACCAAAAGCCA